AUGUACGCCUCCUACAGCCCCGAGCCCGGCUGUGGCUUCGUCUGUCGGCCCUCGGGUCUUGAAUCCAACCUGCCGGCGCCUCCCAUCACCUGCUGUGACAGCUCCAAGUCGGCCACCACUGCCGGCUGCCUCAAGGACUUGGCUGCGAACUACUCCUUCGUGGGCGCCAAGACUGCGUGCCGCGCGCUGGGCAUGGACCUGUUCGCUCCUCUCGUGUACACAGACUUCACCGCCUUGCUCGCUGAGACUUCCGUGCAAAGCCGGGGCGCGUUCUUCAUCGGCUACGUGAACCGCUCAGGUUCCUGGGCUUGGAAGAGCACCAUAUUCCGCACAGGCACCAUCCAGGUUGCGGUUGCCGCCGCUGACUGGAACGCCACCUACCCGGACCCCGACAUGUACUGGAUGUGUGCUGUGGUGGUCAACCAGAAGAUCCAGAACUCGCUCUGUGCCACAGGAAUCAACGCGGUCUGUCACGCGCCUGUGCCGAUAUGUUAAGCUGGCUAUGGGAACGAACAGCAUGUUGAAACAGCGUGUCGAACCAGCUUACUGAACUAUUAUGUUGAAACAAUGUAUUAAACAAGCGUAUGGUACUAGCUUGCAAAAAGAGCGUUUGAAUCUGCUUGUUGAACCAGCGUGUGGAGCCGCAGUCUUAGAUCAGAGCACUUGAGAGAGGUUCUAGAACCUCUACUAAUAGCAGAAAUAGGAACCAAAUGACGAUAGUAUGGCAUUAAACACAGAGGUAAGCAGGGGAGGCACGAGUUCAAACCAGACUUGUUGAGCUGUUGUUUCACACAUUUAUGGUUUCCGUAGAAACGUAAAGACUUCAGCAGCAUAUAGUUUUCUCGUUAAAGCCCUGUUUCACUGCGCGAGAUCUCUGACACCAUUUAACUAACUAUAUUCCUUCACUCAGAAGGAUCACACCAGCUUCACUCAUAAAUGAGAUAGCACUCUGGAAAUCUCUUGCUUCUCCGCGUGCUUAUUUGCAAUCAAUGCACAACAAUACAAAUAAAUAUACCAUGUAUGGAAGCAUUCAUGGUGAGAAAAUUUUGUGCACUAAUAUUUAUGGAUCGUGCGACUCGUAUAAAUUUCUGAGAUUUUCACGUGUGUAACAUUUAGACUACAAUGGCGUGUAUAACGAACAUUUAUCAAUGAUCCUAAUUGUAUUGGAUAUUGACCACCCAUAAGUAAUUUUUAUAAACAUAUAUGCCGAAACGGGGAUUACUAAUACGGAUAAUAAUACGUCCCAUAGAAGCGAUGUUGGAGACAUAAGGAGAUGUAUACGUUUUAAAUUACUCAGUUGUUAUCGCUCGGCGAUUCUUGAGAACGGCAGACCUAAACGAUAAAAGAACGAAAAGAGAUGGCCACCUUAAGACCGCGCGUUUUAAAACCACAAACCGAUAAGCGGUAUAUACCGAGCACGGAUAUAUACCGCUUUGAGACUUUACAGCCCUGAGACUUUGGGACUUGGCCACUCUCUAAAACAGAGUUUAUAGAACCUGGAUCAAUACGGGGCACUGUGAGAACCCGAUCGUGAGUUCUCAGUAAUUAUUCCUUUUACGAAGACAUUGCUAGCGCAGGAAGGAGCAACAUUGACAAUGUAUUCGUGAAAUUUAUUGAGUUAUGCAAAGAGGGCAACGAUUUGGAAUCAUGAGAGGCUUUAAAAUAAUGAAUAGUUUUGAACAGCAUUUAGACCAAAGGUUUCGGUUGUAUUAUGUUUAUUAAAUCUUACAUGAAACGGUUGUUAUAGUUAUAAGCAAUUAUGCAUGUAUAUCUCAAUUUUUUCCGAGUGCAAACUGCUUGAAUUUUCAAAAUUUAGCACAUAAAGAUGCUAGGGCACGUAUAAAAAGCCUAUUAGGUGAAAUUAUGAUUGUACUAUACUUCUAUCAUAGUGUAAGUUUUACGAAAACUUUUAAAAUGAAUUUAUAUUGGCAACAACGUCUAAAAAAUUGAGCUGUCAGUUUUUCGAUUUCCUUCUUUAUUUAAUUAACAUGUGAUCAGGAUUCGCGGUAGUCAUCGGGAUAAUUCUGUAGAAGUCACUUUGAAUGUGACCUCCUUUAGCAACGGAUUUCCCUUCAAGUAAUAUAGCUAUGAAUUUUGUUACGUUAGCGUAAAAGUGGCUUGAUUAUAUCAGCUUCCGUAAUAAUUAUCAUUACCUGCAUCAUUUCAUUGUAAUAAUUAUCGUUACCU